CCCCUUAUCUCUCUCUCUCUCUCUCUCUCUGUUCUCUUCUUCUUGUUUCACCUUUCCGGAUCACCACAUGACCAGUUCCUGAACUUCUCCUCCUCAACAAACCCACCUCCCUUUCUCUCUCUCUCCCUCUCUCUCUCUCUCUCCCUCUCUCUCUCCACGUACCGUUCUUGGUGCGUUCUCUUGCCGUUUGCCAAGGUGGUGCCUCGUCGUGGGUGUCCUUCUUGAUCGUUUCUUGAUUGUUGGUAUCUUUGCCUUUCUGGGAUUCCCUCUUUCGAUCCUCGGGUCCGUCUGCUGUGCCUUUACAUUCUCAUCUCAUCUUCGUCCUGAUCUUUUAUCGGGCUUCUGUCCUUUCCUGUCUCUCCUCCCGCGGAUUCUCCCCCUGGCUGGCAUAGCCUUGGCUUGCUCUUGGCGUUUCCUUUAAGCUCGAGAAUCUUUGUCUCCCCAGUUCAAAGGCAUCGUCAGGCGCGUGACGGAGGGUGCCGGGUCGUGCCCACGGGGAAAAAAAUUUGGUGUUUCUUGUUGCGGUUGAUGAGCUGAAUUGAUGUCCUUGGCCGUUGGAGCGACCUCGAGUUCCGCAACCAUGGGACAUGAGCGUGAUGAGAAGAAGAGCAAUGAGAGCGGAGAGAAAGCCGACGUCGGUGCGGACGACAGAGCAAAGACGCCCAAGAUUGAAGAGAAUGCUGAUGGGGAACCCGAGGGGAAGAUUCACAGAUCGGCAAGCGAGAGCUCCAUUUGUGCCACUGAGGAUGAGGAAGAUGAUGAAGGGAGGAAGAUUGAGUUGGGUCCUCAGUACACUCUCAAAGAACAAUUUGAGAAGGAUAAGGAUGAUGAGAGCUUGAGGAGAUGGAAGGAACAGCUCCUGGGAAGUGUGGAUAUGAAUUCUGUUGGAGAAACUCUGGAACCGGAUGUCAAGAUCCUGAACCUUGCAAUUGUAUCUCCUGGGAGAUCUGACAUAGUCCUUUCGGUUCCGGAGAAUGGAAAGCCGAAAGGCUUGUGGUUUACGUUGAAAGAAGGUAGUCGCUAUAGCCUCAAAUUCACAUUUCAGGUCACCAACAACAUUGUCUCCGGUCUCAAGUACACUAAUACUGUAUGGAAGACCGGUGUCAGAGUGGACAGCACAAAGGAGAUGCUUGGAACAUUCAGUCCACAGUCAGAGCCUUACACACAUGAGAUGCCCGAAGAGACAACACCGUCUGGAAUUUUCGCUAGAGGAUCAUACUCGGCUCGGAGCAAGUUUGUUGACGAUGACAACAAGUGCUACUUGGAGAUCAACUACACCUUCGAUAUCCGGAAAGAUUGGUAGUUAGAAGAAGAGUUUUUGUUCUCUCCAGCUUUAUUUGCACCGAUGUUGCUUGUGUUUCGAGUUUGAGACUGGUAAAAUUCAGUUUGUGUAAUCUAUUUCUGGUUGUAGGAUGUGUCACUUUAAGCAAUAAAGGGAGGAUUUGCAUCGGAAA